GUCAUCGACAGCGAGCUUCCCUCGGUCCUACCGUUGGACCGCGGGCUCGGUCAACCCACCAGCCGAUUGACCGACCCGGAAAGUCACAGAUACUAUGUGACGGAAACGGAAUCGGGCCUUGCCCUCGGUGCCGCUGACCUCGGAUGGACGCUCGACGAGGACAGCUACAACCUGGCCAAGUUUGAUCAGAUCGACGGAGCGUGGCCGAUUAAAUCGCCGCUACCGCUACCGAAAUGGUCCAACAAACCGGCCAAACCGUACAUCAUCAACAAGGUGUGGCAGUACGAAGAUUUGAUAGGCCUGAUUGAAACUAAACUACAGCGGAUGUUGGAGGAGACUCAUUACAAUACAGCGAACAACUUUGUGGAUUUUCACAAGGCAUACCGCGGCGCUCACAGUGCCGACCCGGAUCUUAGAACCCAUUUCCAGAACUACACCAUACCGAUCAACCGUCGGCAUCACAUGUGUGUCAGUUUAGCAAUGGAGAUAGUUUCAAGGAUUGCAGAACAACACCCGCAUAUUGCCGAACACUUCUACCUGGUCUCGUGCGAAGAAGCAGUUGAAGAAUCGGAAGCUUACAUCAACCACUGCACCGAGAAAGACAUUGAGCACGCCGGACCAGGUCUGGAGAAGGAGCAUGCUCUGGUCGCGAUGCAAAUCGUGGUCGGGGGACGCGAAGGUGUGCUAAUCCUUGAUCCGGGUUACCACGUGGCACGCGCUGUUACCGUAAUGAAAGAUCAAUGUUAUCCACACUCCGGCUGGUUUACGCAAUCGAAUGAGCCUCACUGCAAACGCGAGUACUGCUACGUAUUGAGUCACCAUGAUUCGAACUUUAUCACCUGGACAGAACGCGUCACACGCGGCAGCAAGCAGCAGUACGAGAUGUCUUUGAUCUACAUCGAGCGGCCCUACCGAACAGCGAUUGAUGUCACCGUUCGUAGGAACCUCGUGUACAAUUUCCGCUCGUUGCUGUCUCGCGACGCCAAAGGCCGUGUCUGCGCCGGACUUUACUUCCCGGUCGUUCUCAGCCCAGCGGAUGCACAGGUGACUCUCUUCUACGAUAGUGUCAACGAUACACAAGUAAAACAAAAAUUCAAGUUCUCGUCGUUUAAAGAUCCCAAAACCAUUCCUGAUAAUAUUAUGGCUCAUUUGAAAAAUCUAGCUCCGCAACUGCGGAUGGAACUGACGGACCUAAUCGUACUGAUGGUUGAUCUAGCGGCGUCUACACAGGACGCAGAGUUCGUGAAACAGUUGCUGGACAUCAAUAACUGUAUUACCGAGAUGUCAGCAGAUAAUUAAUCAAAGCAUUACUUCUAUCUACUUUCCACAACAGCACAUCUUUCAAUUCUUUCAAUGUUCUUAAUGUAAGAGAAACAACAUGCGUUUUUACCUUUCUUACCACAAUUCCAGUGAAUAUAUUUCAAUAUUUAAUUUGGUUAGUUUAAUCCACACGUGACUGAACCGAUUUACAACAUCUACAGGACAGAUGAUCGAAACACCUAUCAAAAUGUAUCUAAUCGCGUAUCUAAUAUUAUGAGCAUAAACACAAUUCAAAUAUCGGUAGUCAAACACUUUAAUCUUUUAGGCAACUUAUAAACAGACAAGAACACACACACACGUACUACACACAAGCUAGAUAUGUUUCCGAUACCAACCCUAGGUAUCAGUUUCCAUUUAUUAUCAAAUCUUUUAAGGGAUGGGUCUUUAGACAGCAGGAUAGAAUUGGGUUACUUUAUUUUACCACACCAUAUAAAAGCAUACAUAUUUGUGACACUAGAAUAGUAGACAGAACCAUGAACGAUGAUUCGGUUACACUUUUCGUAAUAAUUGUCUAAUAAUGAAUAAAAAGUUCCCAUUCGGGAUGACGUAAUAACUAAAA